GCUCUGGUGGAUGAUGGCUCAGAGCCAACAUGGCCUGUAAACAACAACAGCAGCGUCAAAGUAAAGUUAACUGAAUCUGAUUGUCGGCGUGCACUCUGGUCUAAAUUAGAAGAGCUAACGCGUGGUGGUUUUUCAACAAUGCUUCGAAAGUAUAUAUGAUUAACAUCCUGAAGACGGAACAUCAUUCUCUUCAGCGGGUAGUUUUCAAGCCAUGUCCGCACCUCAACCUAAUAGCUCAGCCUCCAACAGCCCAACCAACUUCAUAGGUUCUCCUUUUUCAGUGAUAAGUCCUUCUCUCAGCUCUCCGGUGGUAUCUCCCUCUCUGGGAUUUGGACCUAUCAGCAGUAGUCAGAUUUCGUCUUCAGCACCAAUAUCAGGGAUGCAUUCAGUCAGCAGCUCAGAAGAUAUUAAGCCUCCAUUUGGCCUGAGGCCCAUGCAAGCUCACAGCCCGGGAAUAAUGAUGUCUCAGAAACGACUGUGUGUGAUCUGUGGUGACCGCUCUUCUGGCAAACACUACGGUGUGUACAGCUGUGAGGGGUGCAAAGGUUUCUUUAAACGAACUGUGCGCAAAGACCUGAGCUACACCUGCAGGGACAACAAGGAGUGCCUGGUGGACAAACGCCAGCGCAACCGCUGCCAGUACUGCCGCUACCAGAAAUGCCUGGCCAUGGGUAUGAAGAGAGAAGCGGUAAAUCCUAUAAAGUGGAAAAACAAGGAUGGAAAAGAUGAGGGAUGGAUGACGGUUCAGGAGGAGCGCCAGAGGAACAGAGAGCGCGAGGGAGAGCUGGAGUUCAGCUCCGGAGUGAACGACGAGAUGCCUGUGGAGAAGAUCUUGGAGGCGGAGAUGGCGGUGGAUAUGCGGAUUGAUCUGCACUCAGACAGAGGGUCUGCAGGAAACUCUCCCCAUGAUGCUGUUUCCAACAUCUGCCAGACUGCUGACAAGCAGCUGUUUGCUUUGGUGGAGUGGGCAAAGAGAAUCCCUCAUUUCUCCGAGCUGCCCCUUGAUGAUCAGGUCAUCCUCCUGCGUGCAGGAUGGAAUGAGCUCCUGAUUGCCUCGUUCUCCCAUCGCUCCAUUCCUCUGAAGGAUGGCGCUCUGCUGGCGUCCGAGCUGCAGCGUGACAGCGCCCACAUGGCCGGAGUUGGUGCUAUUUUUGAUAGGGAGAGUGUGCAGAGUGCAGAAGUUGGUGCCAUAUUUGACAGAGUUCUUACUGAGCUUGUUAACAAAAUGAGAGAUAUGCAAAUGGACAAAACAGAGCUGGGCUGUCUCCGGGCUAUUGUCCUGUUUAACCCAGAUGCUAAAGGGCUCUCCAGCACAAGUGAGGUGGAGCUCCUUAGAGAAAAAGUCUAUGCAUCACUGGAAGCUUACUGCAAGCAGAAGUAUCCAGAGCAGCAGGGAAGGUUUGCUAAGCUCCUCCUUCGACUUCCAGCGCUGAGAUCCAUUGGCUUGAAGUGCUUGGAGCAUCUUUUUUUCUUCAAACUGAUUGGGGACACGCCUAUCGACACCUUCCUCAUGGAAAUGCUUGAAGCUCCCCAUCAGUUGUCUUAGACAGGAGUACUGUGGAUUUCAGAAAGCUGGAGUCUGGGGAGGCGGGCGUGGGACUGGAGUGGCACUUUAAGUUCUUUUUAAGAUUUGUCAGUUUGUCUCACUGCUGUCUGCAUUACACCUUAGUGCAGCACAGUUUUGCUCUUUAGACCAAACCCAAGGCUUGGCAUGACCUUCGAGCUGGUGCUACGUGUUGUCAUAACGUCAUGAGUAAAAACUAUGGUAAACACAUGAAUAUUUUUAAGAAAAAUAUUUACAUAUUUCUCUCAGAGUGGCUAUAAUUUGGGUACUCAUUUUUAUAAGACUUUUUAAACACCUAAACUCAUCUCUAAUGCCUUUCUUUUUGAUUCAAGAAGAAUGCAUCCUGAAUAACGCUUUGUGAAACAUUUUUUUUUAUUAUUUAAAUCAAAUCUAAUAAUGCAUUAUGGUGUUCAGAAGGUCUGAAUUGACUUGACAGAAUCUGAAGCCUGAGAUUGACACCAGGUUGAAAUACCAGAAUUAAGUCUGCGUCUCUUCUAUACGUUGCUCAGUGUUUACAUAUUUUCCCUUUAAACCAAUUCAAAUCUGUUCCCUAUUGUAUUUCAUGACAGGAGUAAAUUGCACAUUUGGUAUUUGUGCUACUUUUAAAACAAACGUUGAACAAACCGACCUGACCUUCCCGGCAUUCGGGGUUUGUUCGUUUGUUGUUGUGGUGCUAUUUCAGAGAUGAUUUGACAUUACUGGUGAAGUUGCACACCAAACCAUAAACCUAACAAAAUAUGGACAACUAGAAAUUCCUUUUUGUUCUUUGUUUUUAAAAUGUAGCAAUAUAAUAUGUCUGCAUAAGCCUGUCAGUUAUUCAAUGUUUUGCAGAGAUAAAAAAUGUCCAGUGGAAAGGGAAUACUCCAUGAUGUACUUUAUCUAUACAAUUAUGAGGUACUGUGCUAAACAAAAGGGUCAGGGAAAAUGCACAUAAAAAAAAUUUGAAUAAUUGCUAAAUUCAAAGUAUAAUGUUAUUAUGCACCCUUGUUUUUAGAUGGAAUAAAGCAAAAUGUGUUUUGGGUUGCACUGGAUUUGCUGAGACUGAUCAGCUUUGUUUUGUGCUGUUUGUGAUGCUUGGUUUCCACCCCAUCUUUCCCUUCAUUUUUUGUAGGUAGCUUACUUUUUCUUCAUACAGUUUCUGCUGUUUAAUAAAAAAGAAAAAAAUAAAACCAUAAUCAAAUUGAAACCCAGAAGACCUUGAUGUACAGAUGAUGUAACCAAGACCACAUGAGGUCUGUGUGGAAAACGCUAUACAGGAAAACACUACGUGAGCAAUAUCAGCAGCCUGUCAUCCACUUCUGCGCUCUUGAACUUUUAAGUAACUUGAAGCAUGAGUUUUGUGGACUAAAAGAAUAAAGAAGAUUGCGUUUUUCUUGCAUUUUCA